CGAAGUACUUCUUUCUUUUUGUGUCGAUAUUUUAAUUGUUUUUGUGAUUUCCAUCAGUUAUCGACCUGAUACUACAACUGGAAAUGGCACCCGGAACACGUGCUAAAUCUUCUCAGACUGUCGUCGUUAAAAGGAGCUCGACGUCACGAAGUGCUCCAUCUGUCAAUAUGACAGUCAAUGUCACUGUCAACCAGACCAACGCCCGUGGGGGUGGGGGUGGUGUCACCAUUAUCCAGGGGGCAACGACCAGGAUGACACUGAACAGAUUCGGUCUGGGUACUCUCAACAGCUGGAGUAGCCGAAUGGUCAAGUCGAGGAACGGCAGCCGAUUGGUCAGUUACACCUUCAGCAGAAAAGUCAUCAGCGGCAGUUUGGCAAGCGUGUCAAAUGCGUUUGGAGCAGGGCAUCAGGCCUUGAACCAGACACUGAAAGCUGGCCAACGGGCUCUGACCCAGAUGUUUAGAACCGGCCACUGGGCCAUGUCAAGGACUUUGCAGGCAGCCCAGCGUCUGAAGACUAGAGCAGUGGACAGAGUCAAACGUGCCAGGGCCAAGGCCAGGGGUCGGGCCAAACUUAGCAGAGCCAAGGUUGUUGCAGCGUCGAGAAAGACAAGGAUAAUGGCGGUAGCUGUGGAAGUAGAGGAUGGCGACGAUGACGAUGAUGAUGACGUGGAUGAUGAUGAGGACGACGACAUGGAAGAUGAUUUCAGCGCCUUAUCUUCCAACGGUCUUGGCUUCAUGAGUUACUUCUCAGAUCUGUUCUGACAACCCCAUGAAAUAAGUGGAUUGU